CCUCGUGAAGCUAAAUCGCCACCACCGCUAAAUGACUAAUAUAAAUUCAUCGUAUGAGUCUUGACGAUCUUAUAUGCACAACAAUGGCGGAAGAAAAGAAUGAGAAGAGCAUCAUUGCUUCGGUCGAUAACGACGAUGAGUACUCAGGUGAAGGUGAUGGUUCAGAUUCAGAGCAUGCAGAACUGAGUUCGCUUCUGGUUAAGCUUAGUUUAGCGGCUAAGAAGAAACUCUUAGUCUUGAGUCUGAGUGGUCUUCUUCUACACCGUGUUCAUAAAAAAGACAUGCGUAAAAAACCUAAGAACCGCUCUCCUGAUGCUUCUUGUGGGCCAAAUCUUGUGUACAAGAGGCCAUAUGCAGAAGAGUUUAUGAAGUUUUGUCUUGAGCGAUUCGAUGUUGGGAUUUGGUCCUCUGCGUGCGAGAAAAACGUUGAUAUUGUUCUAAGCAUUGUUCUCGAAGAUUUGGAAGAUAAGCUUUUGUUUGUAUGGGACCAAAAAAAGUGUACCGAUAGUGGAUUUAAGACAUUAGAGAACAGUAAGAAGCCUAUGUUCUUUAAGGAUCUCUCUAAAGUGUUUCAGAGCUUCAACGACUUCUCUGCUUCAAACACUAUCUUCAUUGAUGAUGAGCCCUACAAAGCUCUUCUGAAUCCGGACAAUACUGGUCUGUUCCCAUUGAGCUAUGAUGCUUCUAACAAAAAUGAUAAUUUACUUGAUCCCAAAGGAGAGUUCUGCUCUUACUUGGAUGGUCUGGCCAAAUCAUCGGAUGUUCAAGUGUAUAUCAAAGAGCAUUCUUUUGGACAGCCCAAGAUCGAUUCUUCUCAUCGGGACUGGUCUUUCUACCGCAAUGUCUCAAAGACUGUCUCUUAAUCUUUGCAUAUUUAUCAGUUUAUUGAAGUUUCGUAUUCUCAAUAAUGCCCUUCUUUUGGCUUACUAUUGAACUCAUUAAAAAAAACUACUUAUUCCAAUUCUAAUAAUAAAGUUGAAUCACUUAUGCUCA